AUGAGUUCACCAAUCUCCGGACUCAUUGCCAAGUUUUGGGCACGCUACGUUGAUGACAUCUUCCUGAUCAUAGACCAGGAUAAAAUCAACUACUAUGCGGAAGUACUGAACUCAAUCAUGCCCGAUCUACAGUUCACGAUGGAAGAGGAAGUCGAGGACAAACUUCCAUUCUUGGUUGUUCUCGUCUGUCGCCAACCAAAUGGCGAACUAGCGACGUCGGUCUACAGAAAACCGACGAACACGCUGCAAAUUCUCAGCUACAACACAAACGAAGCUGUGUCCGCACGCUGUACCGACGGGUGGAAACUCAUUGCAGCACGCCAGCCGCCAAACUGAAUGAGAUAAAGCUCCUCCGAGAACUUUUCAGAGCCAAUGGCUAUCCGCGGGCAUUCAUUGAACGAAGCCGGAGACAGCCAAAGAAACGGAACGAGGAGCAUAGUCAGCCAAACUCGUGGCGGAGCAUUCCGUAAAUUAAAGGGGUCUCCGAAGUCGUGGCUCGAUCACUCGCGCCACUCGGAAUAGGUGUUGCCCACAGGCCUGACUCAACAAUCCGCCGGCAAGUGAUGCGGCCGAAAGAUCCCAUCCCUAAGCAGGAGAUGUCGGCCGUUGUCUGCCGACUUCAAUGCAGCUGCGGAAGGUGCAACUACUUUGGGGAAACCGGCUGACGGCUGCAAACGCGAAUGCACGAGCAUAAGUUGGCCGUGCGAAGGUUGGACCCAAAGUCGGAGGUAGCAACCCAUGCCGCGCAAAUGGGACACAUCUUCAACUUUGACGCCGUUGAGAUUGUGGGCCGGGGCGGCGAUCACACAACAAGGAAAGUGCAAGAAGCCUGGAUGUCCACCGACCGCUCUGUCAACCGCCACAUCAAUUUGCCUCCCCCUUACCUGACUUUACGAACCUUCUUAGCGGGGGACAGUCACGGCGCGGGAAAAUCGGGGCCGUCAGUCAUCACCGCGGCCGACGGGGGCGAUUCAGGUCACGGUGACAUGCGGGUUGGAUGCAGCCACACAGGCGGCAUUGGCGGAUCACGCAUUGGACAAAGGGCGCCAUAAUAAGGAGUGCUGUGCACAGGACCUCCCAGUCCCUGAAGAUGGGUAGACGAGUAAACUACCCGAAACGUCGGAUCUCAAAUAAACUCCCCCGGUGAACGCCCACUCUUCUUUUCAUUUAGUCUUUCCUGUGUCCAUCGUUCCAUUGUGUUUAGCUGUUGUUUUCACUAGAAUCCACUUAUAGAUAUAUCAACGUUUUAGUACAUAAUUCAGUAUAUAUAUAAGGGAUAGAGGCAGAGCCUUGGAAAACCCUAAUUACAGAGAGACGUAUGAAAAAAAACAUGCAGAUAUUCACAUAGCAAUUACGCCAGUCAUUGAUAUCAUGUAAAUGUUUGAUUAUCAAGCAUAAAUUUAUCUAGUCUUCUUUCGAAAGUCUCAACGUUUUCCGCUAAGACGACGGAGUUCGGAAAUUUGUUCCAUCCCUCAACCAGCCGGUGGGAGAAAAAUUUGGCCCGCAACUCGAGUUUGGCAUAUUUCGUCUUCAAUUUGUACUGGUGCCCUCGAAGAUUUGUCGUCCGCUCCAGCUCGAAGAAAUCGUCAAACUGAAGAGCACACUCUAGCCCUCGGACGAUCCUGAAGGCCAUGAUCAUAUCCCCUCUGUACUGCCUAUAAGAGAGAGGAAAUAUUUUUAGCUUCUCCAGCCGUCUCUCAUAAGGUAAGCAACUUAAUCCGCCGACUAGCCUGGUAGCUCUACGUUGUACGUUCUCCAGUAGGGUGUUAUCUUUUUUCGUCCAGGGACACCAUGCCUAGACACAAUAUUCCAACAUUGGUCGAACGUAUACACCAAAUACACGGCCGAAAAGUUCUUCAUCAAAAUUGACGAAGGAUCUUCUAAUCGCGCCUAGGAUACCCAUAGCUUUCUUUGAUACCUUGGCGCAGUGAGACGAUGGUUUGAGAGUUCACCUCAUCCGCACACCGAGGUCUCUUAACUCGUUGACGGAUUCGAGUUGGUGACCUCCUAUAAAGUACUGAGAUUCAAAUCUAUACGGCUUCCUGUUGCUCGAACGUAAUCGGAUAAGUUGGCAUUUGUUACGAUAUAGGCCAAGACGCCACUCAUCACACCAUUGUUGCAAACGAUUCAAAUUGUCUUGUAACUGUACAGAGUCUUCCGGCUUCUCUAUUGAUUUCCACAAUUUGAGAUCGUCAGCAAACAUUACACGCUCGCAGUUCAGACAGUCCAGGCAGUCGUUCACAUAUAUAAGGAACAGAAUUGGACCCAGAACGCUUCCCUGCGGAACGCCGCUUUGAACGGAUGCCCAUUCCGAUUUAGCGUUUCCGAUACACACACGCUGAGAUCUGCCCGUAAGAAAAUCGGCUAGCCAUUUCAAAAGAUUUCCAUUCACACCCACUUGACAUAGUUUACAUAUAAGUCGUCUGUGUGGAACACUGUCAAAAGCCUUUUUGAAGUCAAUGUACACGGCGUAGACUGAUAAGCCCAUGUCGAUUGAUUUCGUGCAGCUCGCCAUGGAUACUAGGAGGUUAGUGAGACAGGAUCGACCCCUUCGAAAUCCAUGCUGAUGUAAACUGAGCAAGUUGUUUUCUUCGAGGUGCCGCAUCAGCUCCGUUUUUAUUACUUUUUCCAUCAACUUGCAACAGAUACUUGUGAGACUCACUGGUCUGAAACUAUUUGGGGCUGUUCUCUCGCCACCUUUAUAUAUUCGAAUGCGUGUACAAGACUGAAUUUUGAGUUGCUACCUUUUUCACACAGAGAGGAAGCCAUUUCUGAGUAUCAGGCGCUACUUUGUCUAGCGCACUUUGAUGAAUUAGUACCAUCUUAGUGCCCAAUAAUUUUCGUGAUUUGAUGGCACGCUGAGAGAUUCGUCCUUCUAUAUGGCGAAUACGCGUGUUUACUCAAUGCCUUCACAGAUGCGUGUGUGUGGACAAUUUUCUAAAUCAUGAGAAUGGCCUUGUAGGAUACCUCUGUGUCUUCUAUGGGCUCGUUUCCUCAUACUCGUGAAAUGUUUGGUCCGUUCUAAGAUGAGUUCAACUCGAGGUCAUUCAGCCUAAAAUACCCCUAGUAGCAAACUAUAUCGAGUAGACAUAUAAUAGAUAUCUAUUUAUCGAGAUUCAUAUAUCGACUGGAUACCUAUUUUGUCGCGAAAAUAGAUAUAUAUUAGAUAUCGAUUUAUCGAGAUACUACGCCAUCGGCGAAAAUGGGGGGGGGAUAAUUUGCUUAACCCAAUGCCCUUUUCUACCCUCCAUCCAUUCCUUGUCGUAUGUUUAUUCCCCCCGUUUACUCAGAGGUACUUUGGAGACGGUUAUCGUGGAAUAUGUUUAUUUAAAAAUUAAAUUAACAUGUACAAUGGUUUUCUGAACCCCUUCUGUGCUCACACUGUUCACGCAGGCGGGGAAUCAGUCGAAGAUCCAGGGAUAUUGUCUACAAGUGAUAAUUAGUUAGUGAUAAACUGCAAUCAAUUUACUACUGUCAUCUUGGGUCAUUUGUGAAUUGUUCUUACGCUGGACACAACUGUCGAGCGACCUUUUCAGGCGCUUGGUAAGUGUUGAUUCUAGGUCAGACAGCUUUACGCUUGCAUCGGUAUUCCACGCGUCGAAGACCUCUGCAUGUUGUAGAGUUUUAAGUAACGGCAGACUUACCAAGUAUAACCUCAUACAGUUUUGAACUGCUGAGGCUCUCUUUCGUCUUUCGGCCUUUGAAAUUAACAUGCAGGCUUAUUUCAUCGUCGAAGACAGCGAAGAAAAUUCGCUUGACGAAUUCAUCAAUAUUAUGCCCUCCUAGGCAUGUUAUGAAGGAAGUCUAACGCAAAUGGGUGUGAAUAACACGUUAGCAUAUCAGCUGGUUUCGAAAUUCCUUGUCCAAUAAUCGGACAUUCAAAUUACGAAACUCGGCGCCCGAUCGUAUUUGAUGAUCAGCCGGUUCGUCGGCAGCUGAGAAGCUACCGGUCCCGAAGUUAUAGCCUGCCGUGGAAUCAUUGAUUCCAACAGCCGCUAACGGCCAAGUAGUUUGCGGACUGUCUCCACCAGAAUGUCCAGCUUCAUAGACUGUGCCCGCAUGUGUUUACAAAUUAGCAGCAGCAUUUCUUCCUGAUCAUUCACUUUGGGCAGUGUUGUCGGGGUGUUAUCACCCAGGGGGAUGUUGCCGAAAGAGAGGUAUAACAGCGUUAUUUUGCAUAACUUACUGGCGAUGAAAUGCCUUCACCUUCCAGCAGGUAGAUCGCCUCAUUAAUCGCGGACCUCCUUUGUCGGGCCGGUAGUUGGCCUGUUGGAAGUUGGCUCAUCUUAAUGCCUACAAACGCACAUGAAAGAAGGUGAAUUAAAUGCUAGCAUGAUGGCCACUUCUUCCCUGCAGUGCUCGCAAACCACUCACUAGAAUAACUGUGCGUUUGUAGGGUUCACGAGCACUGAUGCACGAGCGGUAUGCAGGGCAGCACUUGUUCUCAUUAACCCCUUGUUAAAUUCUUUGGGAUUUCGGCCUCGACGCCAAGUGUCCUGAGUCCUUUUACGGUUAUCGCCGAUCGAUGAACACAAAAUCAUCGGUCGUACUUAGGGUUCUGGCAGGUCGGCGGGUGAUUCACAUAGACGAGCCAGUCAAUUAACCUUGAAUUUAAAAAAUCUAAUGAUGACAAUAUUAAAACGUGUCUAACGAAUGAAAUGGAUCCAAAAACUGUGUAGAAGCAACAGUUGUUGCAAAAUGGCUACUAGAACAACCCCCCCCCCUUCAGCAUAGGCCAGAAACCAUCGUAAAGAAGAUGCCAGGUGGCAAAUGUGGUGGCAAAAAACAGGGAUAAUAAAAUUAUCAUAAAAUUGCAUUCGAAGUUUGCUAUGGGUAGUAAGAAGUUUAAAUGCCAUGAAGUAGCAGCGAUAAGAGCCUCCGGGGCCAGGUAGUAGUGUUGAACGCGCAGUCGUCGACGAAAGGCAGGUCAUGCAAGGUAAUGUAGAUAGGUGCGUGGGGGAACUGCAUGCGCCUGCUGUUCAGAAGAUGCCCAUCACCUCGGCAGACGAUGCGUAUCCCAGGGCGCUUAUUACGGUGGACGUCAAUCAGCACGGCAAGGAACAUGGAAUUGGAGAGAGUGGGAGCGAAUACACAAUCCUGUUUCAUUCCAUUGGUAAUCGGGAGUCUCUUGAAGACAGUCCGGUUGUCCGCGCGCGCGCCACCAUAUCCUCGUGGAGCUGGCGUAAUACGUCCGUGAAUCGCUCAGCACAGCUGAAUUUCUGCAUCAUUUUUCAUAGUCUUUCGCGAAGGCAUUGCCUAUUACCCUUAAAAUAUAGUGACCUAUACUGACUCACCGCGUGGAAGGUUUUCGUCAAGUCCACGAAGUAGGUGUAGAGGUAUGUUCGCAUCGAUUGGCACGUCUCCUGUAGUUGGCGAUCUGAAAAGACCAUGCCAGUGGUGCUCCGGUGUCGUCGGGAGACAGUUAGAUUUUCGACUGAAGUCCCUGCCUGUGGUGUCCGUUGAGGCGGUUUAGGAAGAUGCAGGCGACGGUCUUCCCAGCGAUGUUGAGCAGCGAGAUGCCUCUGUGAGUGUCACAGAGGUGUCGCUUCCCUUUUCUCCUGUAUAGAUGGACGAUGAUCGCGUUGUUGAAAUCCUGAGGGACCUGUCCUUAUUGCGACAUCUCAUAGAAGAGUGCCGUGAGGUGAUCCACCAGCCGAUGGUCGUCGUGAAUGUAGAUUUUGGCUUGGAUUGCAUCGGUACAUGAUGCCUUCUUGAUGCAGAGUUGUUGCAUGAUGCGAAUAAUUUCUAGGAGGGAGGGGGAAGAUCUAACUCGAUGUUGAUUUCCGCUUGAAAUAGCAGGUUGCUGUAGCCGUCGGGGAUUGCGGAGGAGCGUUGAACCAUCGGAGUUGAGAAGCAGUGCGGUUCCUUUGGUUGGGGAACAGUAAAUCGCCUUGAUCGCUGCGAAGAAGAUUCCCGUUUUAUUACGGCCGGUAUACUUCAGGAUCUCCUCGGCCCAGCAAACCAUCCAGGCGUCCUGCAUUUAUCGCAACCGUUGCCGCACAAAGCGGCUGCAUUGACAGAAGGCCGAUUUCUUAGCAUCAUUCGGAAAAUGAAUAUAGGCACUAUGAAGCCUGUUCCAUUCGGAAAAACGGUUGCUGAAUGCAGUUAUGUCCAUCUUGUAGCGCGCUAGUUCUCGGUAACAAGUGCCGUCUUCCGCUCCAAUAGGUCACUUGGAUGGCCUUGACACCAAAGAUUAACGCUCGCCCUCUUUAUAGUUGCAACCAGGGGCCCGCAAAGCGCGUCAAAAGUGUAAUCACAACAAAAUCUGUCAGUUACGAGGGCGAGUCGUGUACUGGAUGCGCAUAUAUUCUGCUGAAAGUCCAAAAUUUCGAAAACGAGAUGGCUGCUUCACGCAUUCUCGUGCCAGCGAACCACGAUGGGCAAAACACGUUGAACAGCGCAAGAAAUAGCAAGACAAAGGCAAAGAGCAAAACGCCAAAAGAGCCCAAGAACAUAUAUGUGGUAAACCACAGUUCAAGGACGUGGAUAACCAUGACGAUGGAAUAAUAACAACGGAGUCUCUUGUUUCUAUGGCACGCAACCGAUCCGGACCAUCAAAUUCUCCCAGUCAUUCUGUAUUUUCAAUAGAACCCUCAGUUGAGAGUGAGGAAACAAGCUAGUGGCAAGGUGGAAUAGGUAAGCACAACAACUACAUCAGCUACAUCAGCUAGACCGAUAACUUCUAUUGUCCAACUGGGUGCUGUAAGGUCUACAGCUAAGUCACCCGUGGCUUGGCGUCAGAACGGUGAAACUCGAAAAUUGAAUCAGACUCCGACCCAAAAGAUAGGUAGUACAGUUCCGUUUAGGGGUACGACGUCUUCUCUUAGAUCUAACAAGUCUGUUCAGCCCAGCACGUCUACAAACCUCGCAGCUCCAAUUAUAUCCCCGAAUAAUUCUCUGUCCUGCGUACCGGUUACUUAUCAAAGCCCUACUAUAUAUCCAGCAAAUAAUUCAUACAUGAAUUGCCCUAAAUCAUUUAUGCCCCAACCUAGUUCAGGCUUCCCAAAACUUAAGGCCAAUUGCACUCAGGUACGUCAACCUAUCUCCUUUGACUUCCAAAAUAGACCUGGUUUCCCACCAUUUCAUUCUUUUAGUGGCCUACCCUCACCCAUUAGCCCCUACUUUCCUUCUAGCCUCUCUCCUCCUCCCCUUCCUCCACUAUUUAACUACCAACAAGUCUGUCCAUGUUCUAACUCCCCUAGCAUUCCAAUGUUUGAAAACUAUAUCCCCACCUCCAUUAGGUCUCAUACUCAGCCUUCUCUUGUUGAAUCCCCGUACGUCACUAACUCGAGACUAACUGGUACUUAUUCUCCAAGUGCCAUUAAUUCAGAGCUUACAUAUCCGCCUCCAAAUUUUUUUUAAAUACCGUCGAAAAUAGCAUUGUCGUUCGAAACACAUUAGAUAUUAUAUUAUUGAAUGCCAGGUCUGUUAUAAACAAGAUGGCCCAAAUCAGAGCCAUUGCUCUGGAAAUGACGCCUGAUAUUAUAUGUGUAACAGAAUCUUGGACACAUUCUCUAAUUCCUGACUCUGCCCUUCUCAUAGAUGACUUCGAUUUUUACCGCCAAGACCGCACGACUAGGCGUGGGGGUGGUUGUCUUCUUUAUCUUAAAUCCUACCUAAAGCACUCUCCCUAUUACCUGGAUUUUUUCCUCAUUUACGGGAAGCUUCUGCUUUGCAUCUGUUAUUCUCUCGCCGCAAAGAAAGGCAACUAUUGGCUGUAGCUACAAUCCCCCAAAUUCUUUAGCCAGUGAUGAUCCUCAACUCUGUGAAAUCUUUAAAUUAAUUUCGGAAGCUGCUUUCGAUGUUAAAAUAAUCACUGGGGAUUUUAACCUCCCUGAAAUAGACUGGGUUUCCAAUUACUGCCCACCCAGAUUCCAGCCCUUUCAAGAUAUUGUCAAUUUUUCUAAUUGGUCCCAACUGGUGCGCUCUCCAACAAGAGAUAAUCACAUUUUAGAUCUAAUCUUUACCAAUGACAUUGCUCCUCUUUCUGUUGCUUUAAAAAAGGACCUCUUUGACAGUGACCACGUAUUAAUUCAUUGUUGCCUACCGCUUGCCUUUUCAAAAAAGACAAGCACCGUUCAGACUUUCAUGAACUACGACUGCGUAGAUAGCGACUUAAUAAAUAACUAUAUGAGAUCCUUGGAUUGGUGUGGCUUCCUCACUUGUAGCGAUGUAACCAUUCUUCGUGAUGUCAUGUCCAAUGUUUCCAAGGACAUUCUAGAGUUUGUGCCGCGUAGAUAUCUCAAGCCCAAUUCUUCAGAUUCCCUUGUUCCUCAUUUUCUUCAGAAUAGACUAAAAAGUUGAGGCGACAACUGCGUGACCCAUCCACUAGUUCCUUAUCUGUUCAUCUUAGAAUCACAGAGAUAUUUGAGAUGGCCUCAAGGUUGCGCCUAGCGCGCGGCAGGCAAAGAGAAUCAAUUGCUCUCAGUGGUUCGAACCCUGGCAAAUCCGUCGCUAACAUCUUCCGUCAUCGGUCCUCCUCUAAGCGUGGUCAUGAACUUCCACCCAUGCAAAAUGAUAACAAAGCCUUACUCACCGAUGACACUGACAAGGCGGAGUUGUUUAGUGCUUUCUUUGCAAAACACCUUGCUACCGAGUCCGAUCCGGUCCCUUUCUUUCGAUCACUUUCAGAUAGGACACUGAGUACAAUUGAUGUCUCCUCAGAUCUCAUUAAGAAACACAUAAGCCGUUUGAAAUACUCACACUGCUCAGGAACGGACGAGAUUCCGAAUUCGAUUACUAAACAAGCCUCCGACCUUCCCAUAUUGCUCAGUCAUUUAUUCUCGGUUUAUAUUUCAAAAGGAUUGUUUCCUGAAACAUGGAAAACGUCAAUUAUCAUUCCCGUUUUCAAGUCAGGAUCUCGGUCCGAUGUUAAUAACUAUCGGGGCGUGCACAAAACGCCGUCUCUAGCAAAACUUCUUGAAAGGAUUAUUUUCAAUGAACUUCUUGACUUCUGUCUAGCUAAUCGACUUCUGAGCUCUAGUCAGCCUGGAUUUUUACCUGAACGAUCCUGCGAAACAUGCCACUUGACUUUUCUUAAUCUUAUCACUUCUCUUCGUAAUGAGCGGCAGUCAGUGGUAGUUAUUUACUUUGAUCUUAGCAAAGCCUUUGACAAAGUGCCCCAUAGACGUCUUUUAGUAAAAUUGGAAACUCUCGGCAUCCGGCCGCCUCUACUCGACUUAAUCAGGUCCUAUCUGUCCAACCGAUAUCAGAAAGUCAUGGUCGGAAAUAGCUACUCGACACCCCACUCGAUCACGAGUGGCGUACUUCAAGGCACGGUUCUGGGUCCGCUAAUCUUCCUUCUGUACAUCAAUGAUAUUUCGACUGAACUCGGAAAUUCGCAAACUUUUACUUAUGCCGAUGACCUCAAGUGUGUUUACUCAUACUCUAAGGACACCACAAAUGUUUGUGUUGAAAAAAUUAAUGCCGAUCUACUACGCUUAAGCAGAUGGGGUUCGACAUGGCAGAUGGAGUUUUCAUCAUCCAAGUGUAGUUUCAUGUCUUUUGGUCCUACCAAACUUCAUGGUCCCAUAAUUUUUCAGAAUAACCCACUCUCAAAAUGCCUCACCAUCAAGGACCUAGGUCUAAGUUAUACAAAUAAACUUGCUUUAUCACCUCAUGCAGAUAGAAUCUCUGCCAAAGCCGCGCAGAUAUGUGGAUUCAUAUCGCAUAAUUUUUUCCUUCCGGAAAUGAAGCUAAGACUUUAUCAAAUGUUUGUUCUUCCAGUCCUCGAAUAUUGCUGUCCUUUCUUCGGUUUAAUGAACGCCUGCGACCGUAAUAAAAUCGAAAAUGUUCAGAGGGUUUUCACCUGGAAACUGUUCUCUCAAGCUUCGUCCAGUAUUUCUUAUACUCAGAGAUGUCAGCUGGCGAACAUUAAGUUUUGUGAGUUAGAAGACUCGAAGCUGGCCUUUGCUUCCUCUUUCGCAUCAACUCUAGCUCCAGUCUUCCGCACAUUGACACUCUCACUCUGAGAGAUCGGUCUUAUAUCACGCGCAACUCCUGCAUGAUGAUUCCGCCGCCUCUUUGUACUACAUCUAAGCGCUCCCUCUUCUUUGCUUCCAAAUAUGCCUUCCUUUGGAAUAAUCUUCCGCCUGAAAUUAGAUUAUCGCCUAGGUUACUGGUAUUCAAGUCGAAAUUACGCAACCACCUUACACCGGAAAGCAUAAAGGCACUGUUAACGGUAUCAUUCCCGAACACUCAGAUUCUUGACUUCGAGAAGGGUCCUCCUGGGAUUUAGUGGUAGAUUAAGUGCUAACUCUUAAUUAUAUCAUUAGAAACCCCUGUUUUGAAUUGGUUUCUAAAUCCACUGCUAUCACUCCUCCCCCAUAGCGACGAUUUUCGCGGUUUUUGAUGUCAUCUCCCGCAUUCCGACCUCAUGCGGUCUGUCGACGCUCACGGCGGAACCCUCAGUAUUCACUGUCUACUAGUAGUUCGGUCGUACCUCCCUUCCUCACUGCUCGGCUGAGCUCAAAGCGUGCUGUGGCCGAUCGCAUCUCGGUUCCUCUCGUCUGGCCUCUUUGACGCGGCGUACCAAUCAGGCCCAGACGAUCUCAAUUGUGAAUCCCGUAUACAAUACCAUUUGCAAGCCAGUCCUGUCUGACCCACAUUCGUACCCAUCAAGGCGGACAUUUAUUGCUCCCCUGACGAUGACCGACAACAUUCCGUUAUAUACCGCCACCUACAGGCCAGUCCUGCUCGCUUUUUUCUGUUAUUAUUGUUACGGAGGGGGUUUUUUUCUCCUGUAAAAUCAAUCCAAUCAUUUUUAACUUUUUGUAAGGAGUUUUUUUUUCACCCCUCAAUCAUCAUGUUUCUCAAUGAACUUCUAAUUCAAAAACUAUGAAUUGCAUUUUUUAAAGAUUCGGCAUACCUCGUCUAAAACUCGCAUGCAAAUUUAUUUUAACUUGCUUUGAUGGGACCCCGACGGGUCUUUAAUAAAAAUUAUCUAUCUAUAUGGCGAAUACAGAUGGCUUCGCCAUGAGCGUCGAUGGAGCGCAUUCUGUGAGGGCACGAUGCAUGAACUGAAAAAUUGGAAUAAUUAACAUUUUUGGUGAGGUAUCUUGCGAGGCGAUACGACUCACAAAGGUAGGAAAUGUGAACAGAUACGGAAAGUUAAUGGCGGCGUCCUAAAUUUCCGGUUGCCCUUUCUCAGUGUCAUAGAGAUAGUUGUCCCGGAAGGAUGAGGAAAAUAAAAGUUUACUAGAGUCAGUAUUCAUAUAAACGCGUAAUCUUCUCUUAAAUGUGUGUAGAGUAUCUGAAGAUCUUAUAUUUAUUGGAAGUUUAUUAAAGAGGAAAGUAUAUCUGGAAGCGAAAAACAGCGAACGCUUAGACGUGGAGGAAGUAUAAUCAAGGAAGAGUUGCGAAGAUUGUGCAGGCGACUACUAGGAGUAAGUGCUGAAAUUCGAGAAAGAUUUGAACUAUUAUUGAUGCGAAAGAGGAGACAGAAGCCUGCUUCUAGUCUUUGAACCCAUAAAAAUUUCAAGUUACUUAGCUGACAUCUGUCUGAGAAGGAGAUAUUGGGAUGUUCCCUAUCUAAAAGAUUUUAGAAAAACGUCUUUGGACAUUUUUAAUUUUUGAACGACUAACCGCCACCUACAGGCCAGUCCUUCUCGCUUUUUUCUGUUAUUAUUUUUAUGGAGGGGUUUUUUUUUCUCCUGUAAAAUCAAUCCAAUCAUUUUUAACUUUUUGUAAGGAGUUUUUUUUCACCCCUCAAUCAUCAUGUUUCUCAAUGGACUUCUAAUUUAUAAACUAGGAAUUGCAUUUUGUAAAUAUUCGGCCUACCUCGUGUAAAACUCGCAUGCAAAUUUAUUUUAACUUGCUUUGAUGGGACCCCGACGGGUCUUUAAUAAAAAUUAUCUAUCUAUCUAUCUAUAUAACUGGAGUAUAAAACUCAAGACGACUGCGGUGGGUCUACUGAGACCUUCAACUGACAAGGCAGACAGAAACAGAAUAAAUGAACCCCUUGAUCGCCAGCAUUGCGUAGUCGUCCAUGGCCUAUCGGAGUCGAAUGCUCCUGCCCCGAAAGAGAGGAUUUCCGCUGACCUUGAUAGGUUUCAGCACCUACUGAACAAAAUGCUUAAUUCAAAUGAAAAGGUAACCAUUCGCGCAACCUUCAGGAUCGGAAAGAAUGUGAGCGAACAGUCGGGAACUGUGCGGCCAUGAUCUCUUACAAUUAUUUUGGGGCAACGAAGAAGGGGCUAGCUUAGUUUUGCCCAGGAAAAUCAUCCUCCGAAAACCUCACGAGAAAGAUUUUUCAGCCGGACAAUUCUCCAGCGGGACGUCUGAAACGCCGUGAAGUCGUCACGGAGCACAAAAGGGGACUUGCAACUGUAGAAAGCAAAUUGGCUAGUUUCAGCAGACGAGUGAUACAAAGGGAUACGAUGUUGCUCCUGAACCAGCAAGUCAUCAUGCUUGCAGCAGCAAUAUAAUAUUGACAAACCCGAUACAAAUUGAACGAAGCACUGGCCACAGAAUAGCAUUUGGUGUCAGUUAACGACCGUUGGGCAUAGCCAACAUCUGCGAGCAAGUAAGCCUACUUACUAUGACUUUCAUGUGGAGCAAAAACUGGAUGCUCCUACAUCACCAUAUGAUACACGACCUUUAUUUUAUAUACUGGUCCUCGCUGCAAACUCAGGUAAACGCUUUCCGAGGCAUAUUUAUAAACGCCUUAGACAAAAGACGUCAUUAACGUUUUAAGUCCUCAACCUGGGAACUUACUUACAAGCAAGAAAAUUUGGUGCCUUCGGAGACUCAUUAUUUAAGAAACGAGGUGAUUAUGGGCUAAAACUGCCGGCCGAAUCAAUGAAGCUCACUCAUCUAAAUUAUUAGAACUGAAUAUCAGUGAUAGUUCGUCACGGAGUCCAUUCAUGUACGUGACAAUGCCACUAACAUACCAUAAAUAUGAUGGGCGCUUGUACUGUAUUAUGUCGUAUUUAUCAAAUUUGUGUCCUGCCGCAUAUUCUUCAUUGUUUUCUUUGGCACAGUUCACGGGUACUUUUUGUGUUGCUCGCUUUCACCCGCAGUAAUAUGCCUCUUUGCUUGCCGACUUUUCCACAACAAUUUUCGUGUAUAGGGCAUUGAGCAGUGGUACAUUCAGUUGUAGACACUAUGCCAACGAAAAAUAUAGUAAAACGGCACCAGUGUAAGCAGGACUAGGCAAACAGGAGCGUAUUCCAAUCUAUUCAAGGAACCUUAGGCACUGAAAACGCUCGAGUGGCUUAAAUGGGCAGUCUGACCAAAACAACCUGAAAUGAUCGGUGACUAUUUUAUAGGGCUGGUAAUGAAAUAUACUAACUAGGCUAUUCGCCCUGAGUAACCGCCUGGUCACUUGAAGCCCAUUCUUGUUCUUUCGGGCUCAUUUUCUGGCGGAUCACUUGUCGCUCCAUCAGGUGAUUGUCGUGUGACGUUUCUCUCAUAUGUCCUUUGAAAUCGACGAAUCAAAUUUUCGAUGUCACAAAUCGGAUAUGACUACAAUCGUAUUUGAGAUCCGUAUAUUUGUGAUGCCGUUGGUAGGCCGUGUGCAAGAAAUAGUGAGUAGUAUCACGAAAAAAGUAUCCUAUACUCUCCUGUAUAUCGGAGGCUGCGUCUAAUAAGGCAUGCAUAUGCACACAGCGUCAUACAACCACUGGCAGCUAUUCUGAGAAUGAAAUUAUUUACCCAUGUUAUAACUAUUGUCCCCGUCAGCCUGCUACCAUGAGAAUAAUGUCUAUGUACUGUUACAUUUUCAAAGGACACUUUUCUGCGUCUCCAAUCGAUUACACUGAGCAAACCGUUUAGAUAGUAUACUCCCAGCUGCUUAGACAGACGAUCGUACGGAACUUGGACUUUUUAGAAAACUAGGAAUCCGGCAAAUAAACCUGCUCGUUCAAUUUUGAAUCAAAGUCUGGGAGAGAAGUUGAGUAGGCCCCGACUACCCACGCUACAAAAAACGAAACGGCAUGCAGACCUUGAAAAAACGCAUAAGAUAGUUUAUAUAAAGAACAACAUACGGUACACUUUACUUUACCGACGCAAUCGCACGCGCAAUAUUCAAGAGCACCUCGAAAAACUGUUUCGUUUUCGAGCCGGUGUGCGGGUUCAGUAUAAGAGUUUUCGUGGCGUUAUCAAGACCUGAAAAAUAAAAGCAUCAAGGAAUAAUUCAAAAAGAAGCCAACGUUUGCUAUAUUUUUAUGCUGAGCAACCGCCAUUUCCUUCAUUAUGUAUCCAAAGUCUGCGUCCCAACAUCUUCACCUAAAUGGCUUUGACUUUUGGUACUUAGGCAGAGUUAGGAUUUUUGAGACCUUUCGCCCUGUUUUGCGUCUGUUAUCUUGCACUAACGGUUUUGGCCUUUUCCGUUAGAUUCGUGUUAGUUAUUUUGGUGCGGAGUGUUCCUUGAGCAUCCAAUUUUAACGACUGCGACGGCAUUGUUGCCUUUGAUUUCUUGACUUUGUCGGAUAUAUGGCGUAAUUUGCUAGGAUAUUAAUGGAGUCGUCACUGUAAAUUACAUGGGGGAGUUAACAUCAUGAAAUUAUACUUUCUGGUUUUUUUAUGUUGCAAAUACAGUUACUGUAACACUGCACAGGCCUGCCAACUUCACUGUUCGAAAGAUACACAGAGUAACGAGACUAGAAGAUUUCGAAGUCUUCCGAAGCUGACCAUGACGUGCUUUUCUGGCACGAGAAUGGCCAUUUACGGUAUGUUUAGGAACCAGCUGUUAUUGCUUCUUAGCGCAAAUUAAACGCGGAUAUACAAGAAUCGGAUAGGAAAAUAAUCCUAUCUUCAGGGGACAUGAACACUGAAAUUAACCCAAGAAUAAAGGGUGGUGUUUAUCACUGUUUUUGUACUUCCUGUAGUGACAGUCACCGUGUCCGCACUGUCUAUAAACGGUUUACCCUUGAACGUAAAUCUGAGUUGUCAAAAUGAGUAAACCCAAAAAUUGCUUUCCUUAAGAGUGUCAGUUUGAUCCUCGCGAUCCAAGAUGUCCACCAUGUGCCGCACAAAGAAACUUGGCGCAGGACGGUGACUGGCACGUGAGUAUGCUUAUGCCAAAGUGGACAUACGUAGCAGUUACAGCACCCUGUCAUCAACCUCUGCAUGGUUACAAGACAGUCAAGACGACUGAAAACGUGCUCCGGUUUGGUGACCGACAAGGCCAAACGGCCCGUCUACGCGCACCUCACGCGACCUGGUCCCCGCACGAUGAACCAGGUUUACACAAAAGCAAGAGGUCGUCGGCUCGGGUCCCAUCUGAGUGGGAUUGUACUAGAGACCGAAUUACGAGAGAGAUGUCGCAACCUCACCUGAAGGACCAACUUAUCCCGUUAAUUUGCAGCAUCCCAAGCCACGACUUUUAGCGCGUCUUGAUAGUUUUAACGUGCGUCAGUAUGUUUAUUGUGAGGAAUGCGCUGGAGUACCAUGGGGACAGUCUCUAUAGUCGAUCUCACUUCGUGUUUCCUUUCUUAUGCACCAGUCCGCUGUUGGAGCCGGCCAGCCACCUAAUGCUGGGAUUGGCCGAAAAUUGCUGGCAAACUCCAAUAACUCGCCUGCGCGUGCCACGAACGACCUGCCCCCGAAGAAUGCACCAGAUUUUCGCAGAAAAUAGGGUGGGUGGCUCGGAUCGCACGUGUGCGAAACUGCCAUUGAAGUCACAUUAAGGUGUGACUGAUCCUGACUCGUAGCCCACCAAUCAGUCACAUCAGAGCUGGCUGCGACGCCUGGGUUAUAUCAUCAGUUGGCAAUCUUCCAAGGAGGACAUUCACUCCCGAAUCGAUGCUGCCCGCUGGGUUUUCUCAAGCCUUCGGAAAUGCCUAUGGAACCGACGUGACCUCGCCAUCGCCACUAAGAUUCGCGUGUACCGUGCAUCUGUCCGGUCUGUCCUUCUCUACGGUUGUGAAUGCUGGCUUUGCGCGUGGAGGACGAGCGAAAACUGGAGGUAUUUGACCAUCACUGCUUGAGGACCAUCCUUCGAGUGAGGUUCACCGAUUUCGUCUCAAAUUAGACAGUCCGCGCUCGCUGCGACAACAUCGCAAGGAUAACUCAGGCCAUCCAAGAAAGACGACUGAAGUGGUUCUGGCAUAUUCUUCGUCGUCCACUUCAGGAGCUCAGUGUUACUGCUCUCGAUCUGUCGCCGUUACCCUAUUGGAGGCGUCGAAGAUGGGGUCAGUUCAAAACCUGACUUGACACAGUUCGUCAAGACAUGGAGGUGGUUCUUGGACCUUCGGUAUUCGGUUUACGUCGUUGGCGAAGAGAGUGGAUUGAGCUGUCCAGAUCUGCUGCCGCGGAUCGUCACGCGUGGAGAGGUACAGUUCGGGAUAUCAUCGAGGCCGACUAGAUCAGGUAUGAUCGCAGCCGUAUCAAGUCAAGCAAGUCAUCUUCUAAGCUACGACUUCUAGCGCGUUAUAGAUUCAGGCGCUCCAGUUUCGUUAUAUUGGGAGAUGGAGUCCCUCUCCUUUUUCUUCCAUACACUGUCGGAGUUUGUCAACCAUCUGGUGCUGGGAUUAGGCACAGUGAUUGACAGGGCUGCAACAGCGCGUCUGCGUGUGCCACGCAUAAUUUCCUGAAGGGUAAUGCGGCUACCACAUGUCUGUCUUUUGUAGGUCUUUUUUCGAAUGAACGGCCAGUUGCGUUUCCUAGUUAUUUUUAUAGGUUGUCCAUCGAAUGGGGGACACUUAAAGUCCAUGUCUACCCACAGACAACUACGAAGCAAACGGGAUUGCACAUUAUGCAUCGGAUUUUUGAUGGUCGAUAAUGGAGUGGGCAAAUGGCAGGCUCCUGGUAGUACCUCCAUUCCAGUUCCUUGGCCGGGUUUUCCAUAAUCCACUUGUGUGCACUCUAUCACUCUAAUGAGAAUAUCUGUCAGCUGCCCAGAUCCCGACGAUAAAUCCCAGCAAAUAAAGAUUUUCAUAAGUGAAUUACUUCAUCCACUACCACACGGAUGUAUGCCACACGAUUGGUGCCCUGUCGAAAAUGGCAGUCCAAACACUGCGCUAGCCAAUGCUGAGUGAGUGACAGACGUACUUUCGACAACGACGCCUGACUAGCACCUAUGUCGUUGUCUGGCUCGAUAAAAUACCUCAUCAUAGCUACAAGAGAUUGUCGAUAUACAUCAUAUCUGUGAUGUUAUUAUAGUUCCUGACGGCUGCCGAGUCAGGUGAUCCUUGGAACAAGCGUCUUUAACGUUACUAUCAUUUCCAGAUGGCUCAAGAGCGUGGGUAGUACAAAGGUGGGACCUAUUCAAGCCGAGCUCGUAGCCAAAUUUCACUGGACUGGCGCCAUUCACAGUGCCUUGCAUCCUCGAAUUCUGCCACGGCCACUCACAGACGAAAGCUGUCUGCUUUGCUAACAUCGCUGUGACGUCUGAUCCCGUUAAUCUUCAAUCAAUUUUGCACAAAAUGCAGCCAGACGUACUGGCCGAAAAUGUUGUUAUGAAAGUAUCCUACUACCGUUUAAUUUCUGCCAUCAUUGCUAUCUGUACCAAUCUACCACAGCAGAUAUUCGCAAUUAACAGCUGCCGGCAGCCCCAGGUCCGGUUGCUGUCGGACUGCACGAUUGUUAAUGCUGAUCUGUUUGUGGAAGUCCGUCAUUCUGUGAGAACGAUCCUUGGAGUAAAGAGAAGUCGCCUUGGAUGUGUCAAUUUUGGCUGGUUGCAGUAGCACCCCGAAUGUAUUUUAUGCCGCCCAGUGCAUACGGCCGGGGUGGUUUAGGCCCAUCGUCAGUUGUACAUCCCAUGGGAUCAGAGCUUUUGCCAUAAUAAUACAAUGUCACUCAUCCACCCACCGAAAGUAGCGGAGAAACGACGUGGUUGAGACCUUGUCGGUCAGUACUCGGUCUCCUCUCCGGAGAAGAGCGUGGAUAGAGUCAAAAAUCUUCACGUAUGGAGAGCCACUUAAUGGGACUUUGUAGAAUCCGCCUGCACCAAAGGAGACUUUUUAAUUUACAAGUGAAAAUGGUAAAAACAACGGUUACUGAGAGCCCAGCCUAUAACCGGUGAGCGCAGGCUGUACACUAGAUUUUGUUUCUGACAAGUCCGAAGGACUAACCACGGACAAAUUUUGCUGUAAUGUUCCUACUGCUGACAAUGCCGCCUCAUAAUAGCUCUGCUUGCGAAUGAAUUACCACACUUUUUUUACCAAUAGGUCCCUCAAAGUCUGUAAGGGGUGUUUCACUGCACUUUUUAUCUCCAUUAAACCUAUUUGACGGCUUUUUUGCGGGACACGACUUACUCUCACCAACCCAGAAUGUAAGGGUCUCUAUACUUGUAGCCGGAUUCUCAUUUUUCAUGUUUACACCCGGCAUCUUGUGUUAGCAGUGAUGCUGGGCAGUUCGCCAUCGUAGUCAAAAUAAGGACUUCUUUAUUCGAUUGCGUUGGCAGCUUGCCGGAGGGCUAAACUGCGAUUACGUGGAAAAUGGGAUGCAAACACUGACGAUGUUCCUCAACGUUGUGUUGACAUUGUGGUGUCAGAUGUCAGGAUGUCCGGUAAUGCCACUGCAGUUGUCGAAUGUGCGUUAGCAGUAUGAAUAUGAGGGACUAGGUGGGGAUGCUGAGAGCGUUGUCGAUUGAAACUCUAGUCUUAUGUUCCUGACGUUCCUCCCGUAUUCAAUUGGCGUCGAAUGGUUGGAUCCUAUUUUUUGCUACAGUGUAUCAUGCCUGACACUUUUAGCUGACGUUUUUCCAGGUAGCCUAGUUGAUAUAAAAAUAUUUUUUAAGUUUUCAAGACAUCCUUUCAAUGGUGUUUGUCUGCGUGAGCCUACAGGCAUGUCAUCAUUUAGGCAGGCACUAGUCUUUCAAAUGAAAGUUGGAUCUGGUUUUAUACUUCCUAGAGACUGAGCAUGCCACUUGAUAUCAGGACCCACGUUCACUGCCCCACCCAUAGGAAUCCCCUGACGACAGCUCAGGCCCAAGUUGGACGCAUUCGUUUGCAAACACACCAAACCCAACAAACGCUAGCUUUUUAAACUUUGCUUGCUCUUUCAUAUUCUCUGAUAGCGGGGGCAAGUCGCCAGAUGCGAUCUUACGCCCCUCUAGUUCACUUUCUAACUUACCUCUUGACUGUUACAACAGGUAAGAUGCGACCUUCCUCGGGCAGAGCAUCAACUCCAUGGAUCCCCCACGAGCCGCCAGGCCAACAAAAACCUGCUGUCUUCCAUGCAUAUAACAAUGGUGUCAAUGACGUUGGUGCUUCACAUCGAUCUGGAGCCACUGUCCGCAUGCCGCCGGACACCAGCCUACUGGACACUAACGACAAACUGGCGGAUGAGUUAAGGGCCAAGGUGAGCAACCUUCGCGCUCUCUCCAUCAGUAUUGGGGAUGAGGUGCGGGAACACAAUGCCUUUCUCUCCGGCAUGAGUGAAGCCUUUGAGCGCUCUGAGGGCAUGUUGAAGGCGGCCCUGCGUCGUGUGGGUAUCAUUAGACGCACUGAGGGCAGUGGAUUCGGACUAUACUGUCAGCUGUUUCUUUUUGUCUUCUUUUUCUUCUUCCUCUGUUGGCUUCUGUUAAAGUUUGCUCGAUAA